AUGACAGCAGCUGGUAAAGGACACCAACGUGUGUUUGAUCUCUUCGUAUCAAACAAGGCUGACCUGACACUGCUGGAUGACCAUGGUUAUAGCUUACUUCAUCAUGCCUGCACUGGUGGUAACACAGCUAUAGUACAACAUGUCUUGUCACCCUCUAACAUAAAUAGUAGAGGACCCUAUGGAGAUACGCCAGUCAUGGUAGCAGCUUGUAAAGGACACCAAAAGGUGUUUGAUCUCCUCGUGUCAAAGAAGGCUGAUCUGACACUGCUGGAUGACCAUGGUAAUAGUUUACUUCAUCAUGCCUGUGCUGGUGGUAACACGGUUAUAGUGCAACAUGUCUUGUCACCCUCCAACAUCAACUUUGGUGGACAAAGUGGUUUGACUCCAGUUGUGUUCGCAGCUAUUCGAGGCCGCCAAAGAGUGUAUGACCUCCUGGUGUCAAGGAAUGCUGACCUGACGCAGUGGAUAGCAUUUGUAAUAGGUCGCUUCGUCUUGCCUAACGUGAGGUCAAGACAACAAUAG